GAAGAAGCUUCCUAAACGGAGCGUAACAGGAACUGAGGUUACAAAUUUCACGGAUUAUCAUGCAAUGAGACUGCUUUUAUCUUCUCUAAAUAAUACUACUUGGUCUUAAAUAUCUAAACUUUAGUAUAAACGAGUCAAAGGUUCACCCAUUUUCUCCAGUGUUUGAUUCGAGGAAAGCACACAUUUCUCUUCACUUCCAACCACGUUGAAACAGUGAAAUGGACAAAGAGGUGACAAUCGUUUCCAAACCUGUCGUGGAAGUACGCAUAACAAGCUCGCUCUCUUCUGUUCAGAUGAUGAACAGGUUCAAUCGAGGGAUUACUAUAUCCGAACUGAAGGCAAGGCUUGAGACUAUUGUAGGUGCACCAGCCUCCUCCAUGGAACUGGAAAUCUUCAGCGGCUGUGAUAAAUUCCUACAGAAAAUGGAGAAUGAUGACGCUUUGCUUGGCUCGUAUCCUGUCGAUGACAACUGCAGAAUACAUGUGAUUGAUAAAAGUGGAGGUCAGAUGGGCGAGUUUUAUGAUGUUUCUAAAGUGGAAAAGUUUGAGCUUCCAGAUGAAGCCUAUGAACAAAAAUCAGAUUCAGUGAGGGCAUUCCUGAAGAAACAGCGUUUGGGGCGGUUUAACGAGGAAGAAAUGGCCAAGAAGCAAGCUGAUCUUGCUGCUCAUGAAGAGGAACAAAAAACUGCUGCUAGUUCUAUUGUUGUUGGCAAUCGUUGCAAAGUAGAAGGACCAAGGCAGCCCACCAAACUUGCUACUGUAAUGUAUGUUGGGACAACAGACUUUAAGCCAGGCUACUGGGUGGGUGUGAAGUAUGAUGAGCCCCUGGGCAAACACAAUGGAACUGUCAAUGGGAGGAAAUACUUUGAAUGUGGAGACAAAUACGGUGCAUUCGUAAGGCCCCUGAAUGUGACUGUUGGUGACUUCCCAGAGGAGGAUUACGGCUUGGAUGAGAUGUAGGACUAAAAAAAAAUCUUGUAUUCUUUGCUCUCUUUAUGUUUGACUGAACAUUUAAAUUCUAACCUCAAAUCUGCUCAACAUUCAGAGAAGAUGGUCCUUCUAUUGUAACACUUAUCUUUUGCCUCUGUAAGGCAUGAUCCUAAAAGCACUUUAGCUUUCAUUUCUCCUUCAUUGCUGCAGGACAGAGGCACAUCGUCACACAUACAAUUUGCAAAAAGUUCAGCUUAGAAGUGUUUCAUAAACAUCUACAACAGACAAAAACUAUUUCAUUGUUACCUGUAAUAAAAAGUGUGGUUUAAAUAGGAGUUUGUUAAUUCUUUUUAUUUUUUCUGGUAAAUGAAAAGGGUUAUUCCUAUUUGCACAUUUGGCAGUCUUAACAGCAGUUCACAAAUCUGUUUGCUUCCACAAAUAAAUAUUUUCUUUUUAAGAAAAAUCAUUUUCAGGUGAAGUUAUCCCUUUCCUGCUUUUGCUGUAAAAAUUGUAAUUGUCCUUGGUUUUAAAAAAAGCAUUGUGUGAGUACUAAUACAUUUUAUCUAUGACACUUCUUACAUUUCCUCCUAAAUUGUAAACCCUAAAUUAUUCUGUUAUGCCAAAUUAUUUCCAAAAUUCAGAAGGAUCUGUUAAGGCAGUGUGGAAUUGCAUUCACUGCUUAACCGGAAUUUUCAAAAAAGGCAAUUUAUAGUCUGUUGACUGGAGAUGAAACUUCAGAUCACACUCUAUGGGAAUGGUUUAAAACUGUGAAAUAAAUUCUUGCCCUUUGUCUUUCUUUUUGGAGUGAACCCUUUUUGAAUUUUGUGUGUUUAAACUUCAUUCCUAUUUACCCUUCAGUCCUUGGUAUGCCCCCCCCCCCCCCCCCCACUAAAGUGUCUGUAUUGCAUAUUCAAAACUCUAUUCUUGAUUUGAUGCCAUUUGUUAAUACUACAUGAAAAUGACAUCAAAAUGUGUUCAGGUCCAGUUGUAUGGCUCACUCUCCAGUUAAACAUGUUUUUUUUUUAUCAGGAGUGCAUCCAUGUGCUUGAAACAACUUAGGUUUGAAACUUUUUGCCUUAUUUCUGUUUUUUUUUUAAUGCCGCAAAUGGCUGCCUUUUUUUUUCUUCUCAGUUUCACAGAAGAAAUGUGGAUCAUCAUUACUUGGUGAACAAUUGUUAGCAGAACAUUUAGAGGUUUCAUUGAAGUCUUCAUUGACGAUCUAAAAAAUGUGCCAAAAAACGAAUGCUCAAAAUAAAAGCUUUGUGACUGAUCA